UGGCCUACCAUUCUAUCUCGACGUCGGUGACUCAGUUUGCAAUUUAGUUUUGUCUCGGCUUUUCUAUACGUAGACCAUGAUGUGUUUUCGCAAUACGACUUUUAUUUGCCGGCAGUGAUACUAAAUAUUUGAUGUAAUAAACACGGUGCUGUUCGUACGUUUACAUUUAUUUAUAAUUCGUGUAAUAAUCUCACGCUUGAGUGUGUUUUAAAACGAAAAUUAUCAAUUAUUAUCAUCAUCAUGGAUAUGGAGGCAGAGGAUGUCAUGUGGAAACAAAUAUACACCAAAUUGCAGGCUCAGAAAUCGGUCGAUCGUGUUCAUUCGGAUCACGAAAUCAGAAUCCAACAAGUGGACGGUGGAUUUUUCGAACGUUUCGGAUCCCUCCUGAGGGAACAAGCAGAAUUCGUUGAAGCCCAGGAGCAAAUCGAAAAGAAACAAGUUGCCGAAGCGGCAGCUGAGGUUGCUCCCGAGAAAAUCAACGAAGACAGCGACAACGAGCAACCGCUACCAACUACUGAAGAAAGCGAUGAGGUCUCGGUUACAUCUAGUGACUCCGAAACUGACGUGGAAAAAGACCAAAGCGAACUUAUAGCGACUGCUUGGAAUAUAGACGAGCUCUAUUGCGAAGUCUUGUACGAAAUCCUACACAACGUCGGCUGCGAUGUCAGCUACGAAAUCGGUCAGAUUGCUUUGUUUUCAUACGCCCAAGAUGCUUUCAAAAUAUCAAAUGACAAGCACAACUAUCUCAUGGAAACGGCUGAGAAGAAAGAGGCUCCAGAUUUGAUGAUAAACGUUGAGGUUAUAGAAGCUAAAGAUUUAUCCCCAAAGGACUCCAACGGUUUAAGCGAUCCAUUUGUGACUUUAUAUUUAGCUUCUAAUGCAGCACACAAAUACAAUUCGUCAGUAAAAGCGAUGACGUUGAAUCCGGUGUGGGAAGAACACUUUGCAUUGCCAAUCCAAGAAAAUACUGCGGAAGAUACGCUAUGCUUGGAAGUGUGGGACUUCGACCCGGCCGAGUCUGUAAAGGAAAAAUUGGGGAAAGUGUUCGACGUCAAGGGACUGAAAGGAAUGAGGAAAUUGGUGAAGGAAAUAGCCGUGACUGCCACCACGGGGCAACACGAAAACGAACUCAUUGGCAGGGCGAAUAUCCCUUUAAGUACCAUUCCAGCUUCCGGGAUGACUAUGUGGUACAGUUUGGAUAAGAAGAACAAAAUUACGCGACAAGGCGUGUUGAAAGUGAGAAUAUCGUUUAGUUCCGAAAAGAACAACCAGGUGGCCGAACAAGAAUACAGACAUUUACUACGGAUCAUACUUUUACACGAACUUGAAAUGUCCAAAGUAGCUCCCAAUUGGUGGUGCGGGACGUUCAGUCCGCAAGGAGACCAAUUACUAACCCAACACAUCGCCCAAUCUGGACUCACGCCCGUCGAAGUGUCCAUUUGCCAGUAUUGCGUGUUCGCCUUCAUACACCAAAACCACGGGCUCAGCCUUACCCUCUUUUCAAAUUUAUUGGACAAACUCAUCAAACCAUUGCAGACGGGCGGAGUUUGCGACGAAGACAUUAAACUCUUCUGGGACGCCACCAAGAAACUUUUACCGUCCUGUUUCAGCGUCAUCAGGAAGAUCAGACGGAAGAACACCAACGAGAAAACCAAAAUGAAGCAAGUCACUGAAGUAUUAAAAAUUCUAAAUCACAUCCACUCAUUGGAUCCACCGUCGAAUUUCGAUCUCUUCCCCAGGACGCUAUACCCCUGGAUGACUUUCGACGGCAACGAAGAGGCAAAUUGCGACAUUCCCUCUACUCUGAACGAGGCCGUUUCGAAAGGUGCCGUCGACUGGCUGAAUCAUAUCACGGAGAACAAUAAAAGGCCGGACGAGACCGACGUGGCCAAGUUGCAGAAUAUGAUACAGAUCAUUCAGUUGCUGAGGAGCGAUCUGCAGAAAGCCAUAGAAUUUUAUGAUAAAUUGUUUCAAGAGACUGUAAAUUUCCAAUAUGCCAAAGCCUUAUACGUAUUCUACCAAUCGAAAUUGGCGACCCUUUGUGAGCCAGAAGUGACGCAAAUUUGCAAGAACCUCAAACAAAUCCAAUACAACGGAUACAACGGUUCGAACGUAGAAAAUCCUGAUGAGUCUUUGUCGGAAGGAACCUCCUUGUUUGAACUGUACCUUGCAGUACAAAGGUUCACCACUCUCGGCGUGGGAUUGUGUCCGGCGGACUGUGAUAAUUUCGUUAUUAAGAAUUUCCAUGAAUGGUUCUAUGGUGGCGUCGCCCAAUGGUUGGACAUAGCCGUGUAUAAAGCUCUACAAAGGAUAGAGAAGGCUGUUGAUUUGGAUCAAUUGAUGCAUGUCGAUAAUACCGUAAAAUACAGUUCUUCAGCUGUAGAUACUUUAACAAUAUUUUAUCAGGUCAAAGUCUUCUGGCAACAACUCAACUGGCCCGACGAAGAAGGCUGCUACACCUUCAUCGCUAAAAUUAUCGAUGACAUAUGUCGAUGUUCGGUGUUCUACGCAGACAAGAUGGCAGCUAAAGUCGAAGGUUUGGGCGACACGCAAAACAUUUACGAGAAGAAAUUCGAAGUUACCAACGAAUGGUGUCUGGCUAUCAACAAUAUCGACUACGUUCGCGAAACUUUGGAACCGUUCACCAGAGAUCUGGGCAUGACUGAAAUUAUACAAAAAAUCUGUGAUAUUAAAAGCCCCUUGGACGCGCAACGGUGUCAAGAUACCUUGGAGAACGUUAUCGCCAACGCCAUCGAUACCGUUAGGAACAAGAUUAUCGAAUUGUUGGAAACUGUCGUGUCAAAGAUGGCGCCGUCAAUGAAGCGUCUGCUAAUCGAAGGCGCCGAAUUGUGCGAACAAGAUUGCAACAGCGUAGAUAGACUGAUGAUGUACGUCGACAACAAUUUAAGUACCCUCCACAGGGAAUUAAACGAUGAAAAUUUCAAUAGGACGCUCGAGAUAGUUUGGAUAUGUUGGGGGAAACCCUAAGGGAAAUUAUACAGACCAAUGUAGACAAAAGGAGACCGCCUUCGUUUUUCGCUAAUCUGCGAAAACUUUGAAUUUGAUGUUGGGUUCGUUCAAAAACCCAGGCCAAUUUUAUAACUGUGAUGCCUUGAAGAGAACCGAACAUCUUUUACGGAUACACGGGUUGGAAACUGCUGAUUUAAUACACGAAGUACACAAGAAGAUGUGUGAGAAAUUCAAAGAAACAAAAGAUUCUCCAUACGGCGAGAUUUCAGUAAGAGCCAAAUUUCAAGAUACAAUUUUAACAGUAGAACUUAUCAACGGCAGAAAUCUUAUGGCGAUGGAUUCGAAUGGUUCUUGCGAUUCUUUUAUAAGGGUUCAUCUUCUACCAGAACAUAAGUUCAUCGGAACGGAGAAACCGAAGAGUAAAACGCAUAACAAGACUCAGUUUCCUUUGUAUGAUGAGCAGUUUACAUUUAACUUAACCUGUGAUCAAAGACAAAUCGACGAUGGAUUAAUCAUGUUUAGUGUUAAGGAUAAAGAUUUAUUAGGAUACAAUAACCAGUACAUUGGUGAAGCAUUUUUAGCAUUUAGCGAUAUAGAAGACACUACACAGUAUAUAACAUGUUUACCUCAAGUUCAUUUGCAACUGGACCGGCCUGUAGAUUUCACAUUGGACGAAGUGAAAGCUUUGGAGCAAAGGCAAGGCGACAGGCAAGCCAAAGAUUUCCUCAAGAAAUUCCGACAGAGGAUGGGAUCAUGAUCUUUAAUGAACAGACUGUUUUUAUUUAGAUUUAGGAGUUUUAGAAGAGACAGAGUUGCGCCAGUUUUUUAAAACGUUUACGGUUAUUUGUUUUAAUUUUAAUCAUUAAUUGUACCAUACGUGUUUUUAAUUAUUUAUAUAUAUUUUAUUGUAACGAAAAUCCAGUUGAAUAUAAUCGCACUCGUACCUAAAAACAAAAGUAUUUUUUUAUAAAAAAAACGUAUUAGCAAUAAAGUUUAAUUGAUACAACAAUAUGUGGAUUUAUUUCGCC